GGCAAUUUCAACCUUAUUAUAAAUAAGAAAUGCCCUUCCACAAAGUGGUGCAGUCACAGACAAUUGCAUAAUGGUGCUUAUAGUCGAAGAAGAAGAGAUUCCAAUAGAAUUAUUGGCCGUUCACGUCGACAGAUUGAAAAGAGAAGAUCACAAGAAGACCGACCACGAUUCCGACUUCUCCAAAUGGAAGCUUCUUAUUUGUCCUCAUGACUGGGAAAAUGGGAAAGGAGGAGCGGUGACCAGAUACAGGUCUGACAAUCUUCCGAAAAGUUCAGGUCCAGGAACCUAUGAGCUUGCGGUGUGUAAACUGCCGAGUAGGGACCGCCAUGGCAAGCUUGAACCUGAUUUGGUGGUUUAUGUUGGGGCGGCUGAAAAUAUUAGAGCAAGACUCCAACAAUAUGGCCGUGAUGGUACUCAUCUCUGUAGAAAAGAUGAAGGAUGUCCUUUGUUUGAUAUUUUUGCAAGAGGUUGCUCUAUUGUCUACAGAUGGGUUCCUAGGGAAAACAAGGCAGAUGCUCUGAGAACCGAAGCUCAGCUUCUCGGUACUUAUGAUUAUGCAUGGAAUAAAGGCUCGAACGGUAUACGUCGUUAUGAUGAUAUCCUUCAAAAACUAAAUAAGCAUGCAUCAAAUCCUAAGAAAUUAAAUCAAAAGCAAGUAGGCAUCAAAAUCAAAGCAAGCAAGCUAGUUUCGGACGACAGUGAGUUCGGCAAAUACAAAAAUGGAGAGAACCUCAACUUUCUGCCUCAAGUUUUCAACUUCAGCAGAUCCCGGCCUCGGUUAGUUUCGAAUCACGGUGGCUCCGACAAGAACGAAACCUUCUCUUGUGGGGUGGUUUUAGACGAUGGUUCGAUUUGUAAAAGGCCACCGGUUGAAGGAAGAAAACGAUGCGCUGAACACAAGGGAAAGAAAACUACAGGGGCUUCCACGAGUUCGAGUAUGAAAUCACAACCGCAUAAAGAGGACUAUCCCGAAAUCGAGCAUUGCAGUCCUAUUUGUGGUGUUGCCAUGGAUGAUGGUUCUCUUUGUAGAAGGCAACCCGUUUCCGGGAGAAAAAGAUGUGAUUUGCAUAAAGGGAGGAGAAUUUAUAGCUCCGGUUCCGAGAUAACAAGUUAUGAAACAAUGCCAUAUGCUAUUUCCAAUCCAUAUUCUGAUGAAAAAGACUCGAAUUCAAGUCUCAACAGCAACAAUUGUAGUACACCCAUCUGUGGAGUACUUACCUGCAAUGGUACUCCCUGCAAGAGAACAGUUAAUGGAAAUGGAAGGUGUUGGCAGCACUUAAAAUAUAGUGGCAGCCACAGCAGCAGCAAUUAUUUUAUUCCGCGAAUCUCGAACUAUGACAGUACGGGUACAUCCAUUUGUGGAGCACCAACCCGCAAUGGUUCGUUCUGCCGGAGAACAGUCAAGGGAAAUGGAACGUGUUGGCAGCACUGAUAGAUCGAGGCAGGUUAGCCCGAGCAUUGAUCGAUCAAGAGUCACCGUUUUUUAUGUUCCAGUGAGUGCCGGAGCCGAAGGAUUAACUUAAGAAUAACAUGAUUAUGUAUUCACUUGGAGGCUGCUGUUGGAUUAUGUUGUAGCUUUUGUAUUAUUGUCAUGUGAGGAUAAUCUAGAUGUUGUUGUUGUGUUUGGAUGUGUGAUUGUUGUGAAUAUUAUGUAAAUUACAAAAAUAAAGUUAUUGUAUUUAUAGUGAAGUGAAGCUUAGUAUUUGUAAUGGAAUAUUGAGGAAGGUAUUUUUGUAAUAUAGAGUUAAUUAACUAA